AGAGGGUGGAGGAAGGGGAGGAGGAGGAGGAGGCGAAGGCCGGGUGCGGGGGGAUUUAAGGGCUCGCGGUCCCCCCGGCCUGGCCUCCUCCCGCUGCCCAGAGGGACGUGGGUGUCGGGACCCAAGUUUGUGCGGGUGUCACCUGCCCUGCAGCUCUCUUUUGGUAGCACCCGCUCAGUGCCGCAGGAUGAAGGCUCUGCUCGUCCUCCUCCUCGCCCAGUUCUGCUCAUCGCUGGUGCCGGAGAGGGAGAAGGACCCCGAGUACUGGCGGCGGCAGGCACAGGAGACCCUGCGGAACGCGCUGCAGCUCCAGCGCCUCAACCAGAACGUGGCCAAGAACCUCAUCCUCUUUCUGGGGGACGGAAUGGGCGUCUCCACGGUCACGGCCGCCCGCAUCCUCAAAGGGCAGAUGCAGCGCGGGCARGGUGAGGAAAGCCUGCUGGAGAUGGACAAGUUCCCCUUCGUGGCCCUGGCCAAGACCUACAACACCAAUGCCCAGGUGCCCGACAGCGCGGGCACAGCCACUGCCUACCUCUGCGGUGUCAAAGCCAACGAGGGCACCCUGGGGGUCAGCGCCGGYGUCACCCGGGACCGCUGCAACACCACCAAGGGCCAGGAGGUGACCUCCAUCCUCCGCUGGGCCAAGGAUGCAGGCAARGCCGUGGGCAUCGUCACCACCACGCGCGUGACCCACGCCACACCCAGCGCUGCCUACGCCCACUCUGCCAACCGUGACUGGUACUCAGAUGGGGAGAUGCCCCCGGAUGCCCUGGAGGGUGGAUGCAAAGACAUCGCCCGGCAGCUGGUUGAGAACAUCCCCCACAUCGAGGUGAUCAUGGGUGGAGGGCGGAAAUAUAUGUACCCCAAAAAUGUCAGUGAUGUAGAAUAUCCCCAUGAGGAGAAGCAUCGGGGCACCCGCCUGGACCGCAGGAACCUCGUCCAGGCAUGGCGUGAGGCCAAGCCCCCUGGCAAGGUUGCYGAGUACGUGUGGCACCGGCGAGGGCUGCUGGCGCUCAACCUCAGCCGUGUUGACUUCCUGCUGGGCCUCUUCGAGCCAGGGGACAUGGUGUACGAGCUGGACAGGAACAACGAGACAGAUCCAUCCCUCAGCGAGAUGGUGUCCGUGGCCAUCAGGAUGCUCCAGAAAAAUCCCCGGGGGUUCUUCCUCCUGGUUGAAGGCGGCCGCAUCGACCACGGGCACCACGAGGGCAAGGCGAAGCAGGCGCUGCACGAGGCGGUGGAGCUGGACAGGGCCAUCGGGGUGGCCACACGCCUCACGUCCACCCAGGACACGCUCAGCGUCGUCACCGCCGACCACUCGCACGUCUUCACCUUCGGCGGCUACACCCCCCGCGGGAACCCCAUCUUCGGUCUGGCCCCGAUGCAGAGUGAUGUGGACCGCAAACCCUUCACCUCCAUCCUCUACGGCAACGGCCCUGGCUAUAAAAUUGUGGCGGGUGAGCGAGAAAAUGUCUCUGCUGUGGAUUUUGCACACGCCGACUACCAGGCGCAGUCAGCUGUGCCGCUGCGGCAGGAGACCCACGGCGGGGAGGACGUGGCCGUGUUUGCCCGCGGGCCCAUGGCCCACCUGUUGCACGGGGUCCACGAGCAGAACUACAUCCCCCACGCCAUGGCUUACGCCGCCUGCAUCGGCUCCAACCGAGGCCACUGCAACGCUGCCGCCCGCCCUGCCAUCCCCCUGCUCCUGCCCUUCCUCGGCCUCCUCUUCCUCCUCUGCUAAAGUGCCUCUUGCAAAUCACCGAGGGGGAUUUAUUUUUAAAUUAUCCCCCCUUUUCAUUUUUUUGUGGACAGCAGCACYCGGGAAAGAGGAGAGAGAACAGAGAGACUCAGCGGAGCAAAAGCAGCCGCCGGUGGUUUGGUGCUGGGAGCUGCCUCUGUAAAUACAUGGUUCCUUCCCUAUAAUUAGCAGCGUUCCCUGCCCUGUCCCAAACCCACCGCGGGAUUUGGGAUGGCAGCCGGAGCCUCAGCGGMUGAAACCCCCUCUUUGAGCGAAAUGCAAUGGGGCUGGGUCCCAAAAUGCCUCCACGGUCCUUUGGCUGAGGACUGACCCCAAUGCCCAACUCAUCACAUGUGUGGAGAGCCAGAAACMACACGAAGAUGGGAAAAAAAAUUAACUCACCAGGUUAAUUUGUCCCUAAACUUGGGUUUUGUUGUCUCCUCAGUGAUUUAUUUUGUUUUUAAAUUCUUUGGGUUAAGGCAAUUUGCUGCCCAGGAGGGAUUUGGGAAGGGCUGGGGGAAGGAUUGUGGAAGGGGGUUAAAGGCAGCAAAGUGGGAUGUAAGGGGUGAGACGCGCUGGGACGUGCCCCCUUCAUUAGGGUGAGGUAAUUAGGGGGGUAAUUAGUAGGUGGGGUACCAGGGAAAAGGCUUGUUCAGCUCGAAGGGUGCUGGGGGGUGAGGGCUGAGCAGGGAGAGGGACCCUGGCUGUCUAAAUGGUGCUGGGAGCAUGCAAGCGUCASUGAGCUUGUGCAAAAGUCACUAUGCAAGUGUGUACGGUGCCUUGCACAUGCAAAUGUCACUGCACCACUGUUACUCGUCAUUCACAAAUGCUGCCAAAGCUCAGCAAAAGGUGCUUUGGGUGUACAAAUAUCACUGUGCGUGUGCAAAUGUCACUGUCCCUGUGAGUGGUGCCUUGCAUGUGCAAACGGCAYUCUGCUUGUGCAAAUGGCUCAGUGCAUGUGCAGAUGUCACUGUACUCGAAUUCCCCUUUCCAUGUCCAAAUGUCACCCGUGGUAUGYGUGUGCAGUGUUUUGCACGUGUAGGUGUCACCGUGCUUGGGCGAAGGUCACUGUGCACGUGUGACUGUCACUGUCACGUCCAUGCAGUGAGAAUGUGCAGUGCAGACAUGUGCCAAAGUCACUGUGUUUGUGCACAUUACCCCUUGCACAGGGAGAUGUUCCCGUGCACAUGUGGAAGCCCCUCGGUGCUCAUGAGUGAGUUCCCGU